AUGUUUGAGGAGCUGGUUCAGACUCCGGUCCGGGUGCCGCGAACCAAGCCAGAUGUUAAGCCAGUCGAAGAUCCAGUCACUCCCUUGACGAGAAGGAUAUCUGAGAUACACCUUCACGAGUCCCCUAAGCAGACGUCCAAGCUCCAUUGGGCUCCUAAGAAAGAUGCAUCCAUUGUGGUGGACGAGGCCGAGGUCCUUGAUUUCACUGAGCUCAAGGUGGAUUCGCCCCUCAGCCGAAAGACGACGCCUAUCCCAGAAGAGGUCCCAGCAAAGCAGAUUCCUAUAUUAAAAGACAAAGUAAAGAUACAAAGAAGAGAUGAACUCGAACAAAAGAAAGCAAAACCGACAACGAGAACGACCAGGUCAAGCCUCAACCCGGAAAAGCGCACAUCUCCAACAGCGGAUGCGUCCUCUUUGCGCGUCCUCACGUGGAACGACGUCUGUCCGCCAGGAGACCAGAUUGUCAAGAUUGCCGAGGCCUCCUCCGCAGAGGUAUACCGCGUCACCAACAAGCGAGGCACGAGCAUCAUCAAGGCCAUUCGACUACCUUCGCCCAUCAAAGCCCUGACCAAGACGCAAGUGGCCUCGGGUCUUGUUGACGAGGAGCCACAUUCAGAGAGCGACGUCAACAACGAGCUGCAAAUCUCCGAGUGGCUGUCUGAUAUUCCGGGGUUCGCCGUGUACAAAGAACGCUACAUUGUCCAGGGCAAGACCACGAGAGAGCUUCUCGAGACGCAUCAGGCAGUGCAGAAGAAGAUGAAGAGGGAAGACCCCGGCAGGGCGCAAUAUUAUCCGUCGCCGAGCCGGUAUUUGGACGAUACCAAGUUUUUGGUGGUGGAACUCGGAGAUGCGGGAAAGUCACUGGAAAACUGGGAGUUGGACAGCGCGGACCAGUUAUGGGACAUUUUUCUAUUGGAGGCGAUAGCAUUGGCAAGGGCUGAAGAAGUUGCCAUGUUUGAGCAUCGGGACCUGCACGAGGGCAAUCUUUGUAUCAAGCAAGCACGUCCUCCCAGGAAGAGGCCUCCUACAGCAGAGGGCUUCUUUGGAUACUCUGGCUUGGAAAUUACAAUCUUGGACUACGGCCUCUCGCGAGCCGAAGACUUGUCAAACGACGAUGCCGCGCCCAUUGUAUACGACCUAGAGAGAGACCUCAGCCUCUUCACCAGCACUUACAAUCCUCAGUGCAAGGUAUACCGGCAGAUGCGAUCCUUCUUGCUUCGAGCGGAGCGGGACUGGCUCCCCCCCGAAGCCCACCACGUUCCCUAUGCCAAGGGCAUCGACGGGCCGCUUUCUUGGGACGUGUAUGCGCCGUACACGAAUGUGCUUUGGCUGGCGUACACCUACGAGUACUUGGUCGACAACUUUCAAGGCGGCAAGAGAGAGCUUGCCAAGUUUACAAAGGAGACGGCAGAGCUGUGGAAGUAUCUGAACCCAGACGCUCCCAAAGAUGUGCCCUCUUUUGGAUGCGCGGCCGAUGUGGCGUGUUUUGCGUUGGAGGCUGGUUGGAUAGGACAAGAAGAGCUUUUGGGGGCAUCGGCUUCCAUCAUCGACCACCACCGCGAGGACAGCAUCAUUGUUGCACAGGCCGAUGUUGAGGCUUCGCCGCGAAGGUCGCGAAGGCGGCGUGGGUCUGGAUCUUGA